GAAACAGACCCACGGGAGUUGUUGUGGUGCCCGGAAGAAGGAUUGUCAGCAUGGCCGACAUAUUUUCCACUUCAUGCUUUGCUGUUCAGUGUUUUAUUGUGAGAGUGUAACAUGAAAUUAUCCGUGACAUUUUGAAACCGCAGCGCUGCAGUGAGCCGCUCCUCCAGACACCAACGGCUCCUUUCCCACACUGCACUGCUCGGAGCUGCAGCAGCCGUUACACCGCUGCCUGUCUGCCUCUCUCUCUCUGUCUCUCUCUCUCUCUCUCUCUGUCUGUCUGUCUGUCUGCACCAACUGCUCACGUCGUGACUUGUGACCCAGUUUGAUUUGUUUUCCGAGACUGACCUGAGUGGGAUGAAACAUCAGGAGUCUGACCACGGACCAAGGAGGGUUUCAUCCUAAUCCAGUGACUCUUACUGGAGUCAAAGACGAAACAAAAUUGGCCUCAGUGAAAAAAACACACACCAAUAACUAACAAUGGGGGAAGUGACUGUCGAAGUAGAUGAGGAGGUGGCGAAACAUGACUUCUUUUUGGAGCCACUCCCAGAGCCACUACUGAUAAUCCUGUCUCCACCUCCACCUUUCUUACCUGUCCCCGGUGAACCAACCAUGUGUUGGCAGAAGUGGCUUAAAGCUUUCGAACACUACGUUGAAGCGCUCGGUGAAAACGAGCUUAUCGACUACAGUAAGUGUGUGCUGUUACAAAACUGCCUUGGCCCCGAGGGCCAACGUAUCUUCACAACAUUGAUCCAGAAUGAAAGCACAUAUGCGGCAGCCAUCUCAGUGCUGACCGUUUACUUCAGCUCUGAUCACACGUCGCAGAAGUACCGCCUUAAAUUUCAUCAGAGGCGUCAGAUGCCCGAAGAGACUGUAGAUCAGUUUGUGUCUGCGUUAGAAGAACUGCUGAAGCCUUGCAACUAUGGAGACUUACAAGACAAACUUAUCCUGGAUCAGCUGAUUGAGAAAACAAACUGCCAACAACUCAAAGAGAGGCUGCUGUUGGAAAGGGAAUCUCUGACUUUGGACAAGGCUUUAGUUAUCGGUAAAGAGGUUGAAUCUGCUUUAAACGAAUCUGAACUCUUUGGUAUUCACGAAGUUAGUGUGGACAUUGGAGACGAUUUAGACCCUCCUGUUCAAAGAAAGGCCAAAAGAGGGCGUCCUCGGCGUGGUGAGAGCAGGGCGAAAAUCAAAACAAAACCACGCACAACUAAAGCUCAAACAAGAUCAUCUAGAUACAAAGAUAAUUACUAUUACGUUAAUGAUAAGCUAUAUUAUCAGGAUGAAGAUAAGUCCAAGAGUUCUGAUGAGACUAAUCGGCCUUGUGAUAAAUCCAGCGAUAAAACAGAUGAUGAUGAAAAUGAGACCUUAUCAUCAUCACAGAGGAUAAAAGAGGAGGGCUGCGACAAAGCAAGUGACGGUGACGAUGAUGAAGAUGACGACUUUGUCCUUUCUCCGUCUAAACUAAAAGGCCCCUACUGUCCCAUCUGUGUUGACAGGCGCUUCAGAGAUGCGAACAAGCUUGCCAGACAUAUGAGGACGCACACAAAGGAGAAGCCGUUCAUCUGCCCCAUCUGUGCUGUGACCUUCAGCCAGUCAUAUCACAUGACCCGUCACUUGAGGAACCAGCAUGGUGCGGGCCCUCACGUCUGCUCCACAUGUGGGAUAAGUUUAGGGAGCUUUGCAGAGCUGCAAAGUCACAAGAAAACGCACAAGUCUCAAGUUCUGUCGUGUCCCAACUGUCACGAACAGUUUGCUAAUGACGGAGCGUUUUUUGUUCACAUUCUGUCUCAUGAAAAGUCUCCCCAGACAGAGGGACAGGAUUCUCAGCAAAGUGAAGAAGCAGCAAACCGAGAAAUGAUCGAGUCACGUAACAAGGACAGUCAUGAGAGCGAUGAUUGCAACGAUAAUGCUGCUGAGAAUGAUGCAGACUCUUGCAAUAGUGAUUCUCAGGAUAAAGAAUCUGAAGUUAGUGUUAAGACUGAAGAUAAGGACACUGAUGGAGCUAAAUCUCAGGACGGAGGCAGUCAGAAAGAAAAAGUCGCCUCUAAGACUAAAACAAAAGGCCAUUUCUGUCCCAUCUGUGUCGGCAGGCGCUUCAGAGGGCCAAACAAACUCGCCAGACACAUGAGGACGCACACAAAGGAGAAACCCUUCAGCUGCCCUGUCUGCGCUAUGACUUUCAGCCAGUCCUACCACAUGACCCGACACCUGAGGAACCAGCACAGCUUGGGCCAGUACAUCUGCUCUAAAUGUGGGAAAAGUUUAGGUAGCUGGCUGGAACUGAAGGCACACAAGAAGACUCAUGCCGUUGAAGGCCUGACGUGUCUUGCAUGUGAUAAACAGUUCAAGGAGAAGGCUGCACUUGUGAGUCAUCUGAAAUUACACAAGAAGGUCCAGUCCAGCCCUCGAAGCCUCAUCUGUGGCGAUUGCGGCAAAGUAUUUGGUCGAAUGUAUCAUUUGAAAAGGCACAUAGUGACCCAUCGUAAAAGUUCGAACGGUGAGUGUUACACCUGCCCCGAUUGUCAGAAGAAUUUUGCCUUCCCAGAAGACCUCAACAAACACUUGGAGAUUCACGUGAAAGAAAACAAUGGGACUUGUCCGAAAUGUAACGAAACCUUCGGUAGUUCAGAAGAACUAGAGACGCACAUGAGAGUUCAUGAAAAGUCGUACCCCUGCAGCACCUGUGGGAAGAAGUUCAAGGUCGAGUACGCGCUGAAGAAGCACGAGCAAAGUCACCAAGACGAACAGUAUUAUUGUUCGUUGUGCCGCAAACGCUUCAUCAAGCUGUCUCACUACAAGAGGCACAUAAUGGUCCACGACAGGCGGGAAUCCAGAUGUCCACACUGUGACAGCGUCUUUCUACAGUUAACAGCUUUGAAGUAUCACCUGCGGACUCAUACAGAAGAAAGACCAUACCAGUGCUCCUGUUGUAUUGAGACUUUUGAGGAGAAGGAAGAUCUAGAGCAGCACUGCCUCAAACACAGGAAAUUCAAGAGGGAGCGUCCGUACUCGUGCACCCGGUGCGAUUUGGCUUUCUCUACCCUAAUUGAGCUGACCGAACACAUGAGCUCACAUGAGGGUGAACAACCGUUGAACUGCCCCGUCUGCGGCAGAACAUUCCUGAACAAGAACAAGCUGGAGAAGCACCUGAGCAUCCACACGGGGGAGAGACCUCACCUCUGCUCCGUCUGCGGCAACGGGUUCCCCUCAGCCGCCAGCCUCAAGUUGCACAUCCACAUCCACACCGGAGAGAAACCCUUCCAGUGUUCGCAGUGCAGCAAGAGCUUCAGGUCAUCCAGCGGGCUGCGGCUGCACAGCAGGCAGCACAUGGAGGUGCGGCCGAGCUACGAGUGCCCCGAGUGCGGCAGAACUUACGGUCGCAUGACGGAGCUGAAGAUGCACCAGCGAUAUCACACGGGGGACAAACCGUACGCAUGCACCUGCUGCAACAAACGCUUUAUUAGCAAAGACAAACUGAACGUCCACAUGAGGAUACACACAGGGGAGCGACCGUACUCCUGCCCCCACUGUGGACAGACAUUUACACAGACUGGGGACAGAAACAGACACAUCAGUAAAUACCACUAGUUAGAUUCUGUUGUAACAGAACUCCAGUGAAGCUUUGGUUGUUGCUUUUGAAUGAUUGCACCGUUAGUUUUGCAUGUUUGUAGGGGUAGGUAGCAUUAAGAAUCAAUUCACAUUCACUCUCUUCUCAUAUUAUUUGAUAAAGAAAAAUGAAUUAAGAUAAGCUGAAGCUAACUUGGGCAGAGUUAGGCUCCCAUGAACACUAAAUUAUCAUGAAUGAUGAAGUUAUGUGAUAGCGUAAAAGCCUUCAAUAAAUCAACCAAUGUUCAGUCACCACCUCUUGGACACACGUAUCAGCAAAUAAAUUAGAACAUACUCCUCAAUAACUUACUUUAAGAAAACAUUUAUUUCUGGAAAAGGCCUUUUCUUAACAAGUCAAACUUCUCAAAUGUUUAAUGUCUAAAAACAAGCAGUCCUAACAGAACUUUACAAAAAUAAAAUCGUCCUAACAUUAGGGAUGUCAUGAGAACCGAUACUUUGGUACCAAGUUGUUACCAAUAUUUUGAAAACUUGACGGUACUUCUUUUUCUGCAGUACCAAAGGUAUCGAGGAUGCGAUUCUCCCAGACCUGACAGCGCAGCAUAUACGCCAACAUGCAGCUGUUUGUGCACGGUGGUCCCUGAGCAACUGUCUGCUCCGUCUGUGUCUCUGUCGCUGUGCUGUGUGUGUGUCUGUGUCUGUGCACACUCACCACGCCAGUGCAAGUGAAACGAAAGCCCCACGGAAAAAAAUCCAGCAAAUAAGAGUAAUUUAUUAAUGUAAUCUACGCUAAAGAUGUACAGAUGAGGCAAAAUAAACACUCAGCAGAAUCCAGUUCAUUCAGGUAACUCAGGUAAAGGCUGCACUGAAGCAACAAACACUGCAAGAGAGAGAAACUCCCUCCAGACAGUGACCAGAUCAAAAAAGAUUACAGUUAACUACAGGUAAAUAAUAAUCAGGACUCUGUAUCAGCAGACACUCAAAAUUGAACGGGCGUUUAGGGCAAAAAAAACUUGAUUUGGACAUUUUUAUCGUGGUAAGAAUUGGUAUUGAGAAUCAUGUAAUUUCACUGGUAUUGGUAUCAACUACAUUUCUGGUAUCGUGACAUCCCUACCAAACAUUUACAGACUGUCAAAACGUAGCCUAAAUAAAGAGGAGUAAAAAAAUAUAUUUUGGUGCUUGACAAUUUUCAGUACUUGGUGCUACAAACACAUUUCAGUCACUACCGAAGUAAUUAGGGCUGUGUUAUUGGAUUUAACUGGGGUUUCUGUUUUUCUGGUCGCUGUCUGGGUGACGAUAUAAGUGUUACAGAUUAUUAUCAUUCAGUUUCUCAACCACUUACUAUUUAAUAUUUACUGCUUUCUGCAAAAGUUCCAUGUAGACAAACAGUUAACAGAAUCGUUACACUUACAUUUGGAUUAUCGAUUGUACUUUUAUGGUCUGAUAUCUAACAGCAACUUUCUCAUUGCAGGAAACUACCAAAUCCACUUCCACGACUUCACGUUAUCUGGGUUUGAUUUUCAGAAAACAGCUGCAUAGCUUGCAGUGCAUUUUGUUGGCGUACUUUUUACUUACUGUAUCGUGGGAUAAAACAUGCCAAACCACUGAUUCCUCUGUGCAAUAUGAGCCUUAAUUGUUGCCAUCCAAACAGGUUGUCACAGCUCACCCCCUAAUACAAAAUCUCUGCAUGAGGGUUUAGUCCUUGUAGCUCACCCCUCUCACCCUGUGCCUGACGCGCCCUCCCCAUACAGCACUUGAACCCCAUCUUUCCCAACAAACUCACACGAGUGACCGGCAUGCUAAUGGUUCUUUGACGUCCAGAGAUAUUUCCACAGUUUGCCUUGUAGAUUCGUCAAAAAACGGAUAUUAUCAUGGUCACUCAAGUAACACUAAAAGGUGUUUCAGUACUUGUUGUCCUCCCCACCACAGUAUGUGUUGUCAUAUUAUGUUUGCUUUGUUUCACUUUUUGAAAUCCUUUUGUUUAGGCUUCUCUGUAACCAAGCAUUUUGUAACUGUUUAGAAAAGUGCCAUAAAAAUUAAACUAUUAUUCACUCUA